AAGUAAUUCAGGAAAUCUCGCGACAUAAAAAAACCGUUCAAGCUUCUCUCAUUUUGAUCUUUCUGCUUGGCCUUGCUAUCUUGUCUUCAUUCUUCACGUUCAGUGCAAUGGUACCGCUUCUAUGCAAUAUAGCACUAGUAACCUUGUAAAUCUAUAUCAGGAUCUCUUUGCUGAGGGUGUAAAUGGCCAUGAACGGUAUGGAUUUCGCCAAGAAGGAGCUGAAGAAAAGAGGAUGGAAACGUGGGAAAGGUCUUGGAAAACAAGAGAAUGGAAUAUCGGAUGCAAUCAAGGUGAACUUGAAAAUGGAUGGCUCUGGCCUGGGAUUCGAUCACGGCGAGCAGUUCACGUUUCGAUGGUGGGAUCAUAUGUUCAGUAGUACGUUGAAUAAACUGGACGUUGAGGAGGAUGAGCAUGGCGAUGCUAAAGUUAAGGCUGAGCAGCCUGCGCAUGGUGAUAGCGGUGUAUCGAGCAAGCGUGUGCCGCCCAAGUUCCUGGCCAAGGAGAUGCUGUACGGUCGAUUCGUUCGCGGCACUCCCACGACGUCAGCUGCACCAAGCAGCAGUUCGUCGGACAGUGAUAGCAGCGAUGAUGACCGGCCAGCGUUGAUGUUCGAGGAUGACGACGAGAAGAUGCGGGCAGCGUGCGGAGGCCGCACGGCGCACAAGGGAGCGCGGCACGGCAUGGGACUGAGUGCAAAACUUGCCAGACUUGAACAGCAGGAAGCAGACUUUCUCAACGAGUCUACUACUACCAGUGAUAAGAACAAAGAAUCUUCUGCGCGUGAUCAAGAGAAAGAAACUGAAAAGAAAGUGGACAAGAAGCGGGACAAGAAACGAGAUAAAAAGAAACGCGACAAGAAGCAAGCUGCGGCUCAAGCCGAAGAUAGCGAUGAUGAGUGUGCUGCCGUCGAUGAAUUAGUCGUCUCGUCCAGGAAAAGGAAGAAGAACAAGCAGAAAAGUAAGCAUAAAAAGGAGAAGAGGUCGAAGAAGGAAGCAUAGCCAGCGUACCCACCCAACAUGGACACUGCACACACACGUGCAUGCACACACACACACAAACACACACACACACACACACACACACACACACACACACACACACACACACCACAAACACUUCCGUCAACCCCGAACUCCAUUGAACAGUCCUAGACCUUCAUGAAAUAGCAUAUUCUCAUAUACUCAGAAAUAACACUAGUAAUUUAUUACAAUCCUAGCAUGCUCGUACCAGGAACUCUUUAAAUGUGUCGUCGUAAGAAUUAAAAGAAUAAAAGGUGACAGU